AUCCCUACCUCCUGCAAUCGUGGGACUGGCUGCUCAGAUUACCCAGAUAGAUUCUGCACUGCUGGUCUGAUGGGGGCCCUUGUUGUUUACCUGGUAUAGCUCUCUGCAUUCCCCAGCCUUGACAGCUAGCAACCAAGAGUGUGCUAGAAAGCUCCACCCAUAGAAUGUUUCUUUUGGAGAUUCCGCCUCCUCUGCCUUGUCCUCACUCCCAGAGUGCCGGGAGGAGCCUCUGAGUUUUGAUGGCUCUUAACUAGCGAAAAUAUUUUUUAAAUGCUUCGGAAGGAAGCAGCAGACUGGGAAAAGGUCUGUGAGGAAGCCAGGACUCUUACCAGAAUUGGAUGCAGAUUGCAGACAUGGUCUCCCCUUCUGAAGGGAUGAAGCUUUCCAAAUUUCAGAGAGAUAGCAAUUGGAAGUAGAAACCAAAGGCCAUGAACUGGGGAGUCUUUCAAGGGCUCCUGAGCGGGGCAAACAAAUAUUCCACAGCCUUUGGACGUAUUUGGCUCUCAGUGGUCUUCAUCUUCCGGCUUCUAGUCUACAUAGUGGCAGCUGAGAAGGUUUGGGGAGAUGACCAGAAGGACUUUGACUGCAAUACUGAGCAACCAGGCUGCCCAAACGUCUGCUAUGACCAUUUCUUCCCAAUCUCCCACAUCCGCCUCUGGGCCCUACAGCUCAUUCUGGUUACCUGUCCUUCCCUGCUGGUAAUCAUGCAUGUUGCCUACCGAGAAGCCAAACUGGAGAAAUAUAGGAAGAAGGUUGGAGCAGAUUAUGCACUGCGCUAUCCUCCUGGCAAGAAGCGUGGAGGCUUGUGGUGGACCUAUUUCUUCAGCCUCAUCUUCAAGUCUGCUGUGGACAUUAUAUUCCUCUUCAUCUUCUACCACGUGUACCCAAACUACACACUACCCAGUGUGGUGAAAUGCUCCCUCGAACCUUGUCCCAAUGUUGUAGACUGCUUCAUAGCCAGGCCCACAGAGAAGAACAUCUUCACCCUUUUCAUGAUCAUCACUACCUGUGUUUGCAUCCUCCUCGGCCUUGUUGAAGCCUUCUACCUUGUUGGGAAACGAUGUAUGGAGUGCCUUCAGCCCAGAAAUGAAAGCCACAGGAGGCAGGGCAGUGAAUGGAUGAGGAGAGAGGACACUUGCUCUCUGCCCAACAGCAAGCAUGACUCAAAUGAAGUGGGUAUGCAGGUGUUCCAUGGUGCAGAUUACAAACCAUCUACCUCCAUCCUCAAGGCUGCUCCAUUUUCCCAGAGAACUCUAAGCACAUAAACUACCCGGUCAAAAUUAAAUCCUGGGAAAUUUGGUAAUGGAAACCUCAGAAUGAACAGUGCCUGCUGCCAGGCAGGACAUUUGCAUGGUAUGCCAGAAGGCAUGACAGGGUAUUCCAAAGAAAACAGUAGACAUUGCUGGUGUGCACUUAUUCAUCCCAUGUCUGGAAAGGAAAUCACUGCAGCAAAUGAUAUGCAAUGAUGUGUAACUGAUGGUGUUUUCUCCCCCCCCAAAAAAAGUAUUAUGUUUCCUUUUAAUUAAAAUGAAUAGGGAAGAAUGACAUGAUUGUGCCACAGUGAGAUGAAUAAUGCCGUUUUCUGUCAGAAGCCAAAGUGCAGCAGGAGGGGAACAGAGCUGCAUCUGGAAAAGAUGUGAUGGAACAGAAAAUAGUGCUUUCUUGCAUCCCUUUGUGCAAGAUGGAGAUGGAGAAAGGAAUGGCCUAUAUCAGGCUCCAAUCCAGGUCAGGCUGUUGGAUUUUCUGGUGUCCAUAUUUGACCCAAGAAUAGUGUAUUAAAUAGUCAUUUCAAAAUUCACUGGUUCCCUCAGCUCAUUCCAUCUAAACCACUUACAUUGUAUACUGUCCCAUAACUCAUCUAGUCAAUUUUUUUAAGACCUCCCCACCAGCAGCGAAAGGUGGCUGGCAUACUUGGUACUAAGAUCUCAGGAGUGAAAAGCAAUAUUGAAAUAAAGAUCACCAAUGGAGAAGAAAUGGUGUUGGUCUAGUCCUGUUGCAGCAUUGCAGUUCUUAUUCUG